AGCAGCUGGCGGGGGGCGCGCCGCGCGGGCAGAGCUGGAGGCGGCCCCGAGUUCGCAGUGCAGCCCGCGAUUCCCAGCGUCCGCGCCCAGCUGUCCGUGCCCGUCGUGCCCGUCCCGCCAUGGCUGUGGCCACCUUCCCUCCCUGGCCUCUGCCUCUGCUUCGGCUGCCGCCGCCGCUGCUGCUGUUGCUGCUGCUGUGCACCGACCCGGUGCGCGCCGAGAGUAAGGUCUUUGGCGACGUGGACCAGGUGCGGAUGACCUCGGAGGGCUCCGACUGCCGCUGCAAGUGCAUCAUGCGGCCGCUGAGCAAGGACGCGUGCAGCCGGGUGCGCAGCGGGCGGGCGCGCGUGGAGGACUUCUACACGGUGGAGACCGUGAGCUCCGGCAGCGACUGCCGCUGCUCCUGCGCCGCGCCGCCCUCCUCGCUCAACCCCUGCGAGAACGAGUGGAAGAUGGAGAAACUCAAGAAGCAGGCACCCGAGCUCCUCAAGCUACAGUCCAUGGUGGAUCUCCUGGAGGGCGCCCUGUACAGCAUGGACUUGAUGAGGGUGCACGCCUAUGUCCACAAGGUGGCCUCCCAGAUGGACACGCUGGAAGAGAGCAUCAAGGCCAACCUGAGCCGGGAGAACGAGGUGAUGAGGGAGAGCAUGCGCCACCUCAGCGAGCAGAUGAGGCACUACGAGAACCAGUCGGCCAUCAUGGUGAGCAUCAGGAAGGAGCUCUCCAACCUGGGCCUCCAGCUGCUGCAGAAGGACUCCGCUGCGGCCCCUGCCGCCGCCCCAGCCACCGGCCCUGGUAGCAAGGCGCAGGACACGGCUGGAGGGAAAGUCAAGGACAGCAACAAAUAUGGCAGCGGCGUACAGAAGAGCUAUGUAGACAGGGCCCUCCCAAAACCUCCUAAGGAGAAGCUGCUGAAGGUGGAGAAGCUGCGGAAAGAGGGCGGCCAGGGCCGAUUCCCCCAGCCCACAGGCAAGCCCCGGGCCCUGGGCCAGCAGCAGGCGGUGAUCCGAGGCAUCACCUACUACAAGGCGGGCAGCAAGGAGGUGACCGAGGCUGACAACGCCCUCCUCAGGGGCACUUCCUGGCUGGAACAGCUGUCGCCCAGGCUGGAGGGCAGGCCACCCGAGCCCAACUCUGAGAAGGCUGGGCCCAAGGCCUCCGAGGGAACGGACUUGGCCCCUGACACUCCCUCUUCGAACCCAGCCAUCACCCCCACCCCCGCCACCAGUCCCCUGCCCACUGAGCCACCUUCCCACCCUUCAGUCCCCAGCCAAGGCAGAGAGGCCGGCUGCGAGGGUACCCUCCGGUCCGUGGACCCCCCGGUGAGGCACCACAGCUACGGGCGCAACGAGGGAGCCUGGAUGAAGGACCCCGCUGUGCAGGACGACAGGAUCUACGUCACCAACUACUACUACGGAAACAGCCUGGUGGAGUUCCGCAACCUGGAAAACUUCAAGCAAGGCCGCUGGAGUAACAUGUACAAGCUGCCCUACAACUGGAUCGGCACGGGCCACGUGGUGUACCAGGGCGCCUUCUACUACAACCGCGCCUUCACCAAGAACAUCAUCAAGUAUGACCUGCACCAGCGCUUCGUGGCCUCCUGGGCGAUGCUGCCCGACGCCGUGUAUGAGGACACCACGCCCUGGAAGUGGCGCGGCCACUCGGACAUCGACUUCGCCGUGGACGAGAGCGGCCUGUGGGUCAUCUACCCCGCGGUGGAUGACAGCGACGGGGCGCAGCCCGAGGUGAUCGUGCUGAGCCGCCUGGACCCCGGCGACCUCUCCGUGCACCGCGAGACCACGUGGAAGACGCGGCUGCGACGGAACUCCUACGGGAACUGCUUCCUGGUGUGCGGCAUCCUGUAUGCCGUGGACACGUACAACCAGCGGGACGGCCAGGUGGCCUACGCCUUCGACACGCACACGGGCACCGACGCCCGCCCGCAGCUGCCCUUCCUCAAUGAGCACGCCUACACCACCCAGGUCGACUACAACCCCAAGGAGCGCGUGCUGUACGCCUGGGACAACGGCCACCAGCUCACCUACACGCUCCACUUCGUGGUCUGAGUGGGGCCGGCGCUCGCAGGAGAGGAUGGGCAGUGGACACAGGGGCUCACCAUAGCGACUCCCGCAAGGGACUCCGUCAGCAAAUACUAGUUGGGGACCAGGCCGGGGGCUAGGUGCUAUGGCACGUGAGGCAGCCGGCCAAAGCUUCCCGAGCACCGGGUGGAACCAUCGGUGCCGCCACUUGCAGAGCACUGCGCCGAGAGCGUCACAUGCACUGACCCGCUGUGUCCUCCCGACAGCAUGCUUGGAGGCAGAGACAGUUAAGCCCAUUUAACAGGUGAGAACACUGAGGCUCAGAGAGACAAGGUCCGUUGCUUGAAUAGCCUCGGUUUGGAUCAGGCAGCAUGCUGCCACCACAGCCCCACUUUACAGACAGACUUGACCGUGCUGUCCCCUACGCAUACCCCACUCCCCCCUAAUCUGUCUUGUUCUGGCAACUCUGUCUCCUUCCCCAGGGCUUCUGGAAAUCAGAGGCCUUCAGAACCGAGGAAGGGACUGAUGUCAGGUGGAGGCCAGGCUCUGGGUGCCACCUCGGGCCCCGUUCAUGCUGAGCUGUUGGUGGCCCUGGGCUUCGGGCCCCUUGGCUAAUGUCCCUGCUCCUUGCCUUUGGCCAGCCCUCCCUGCUUCCCCACCCGCUGUCCAACCACAUUCCAAACCUCCAUGGUCACCCAGCCACCAAGUAGAAACCACACCCCAAGAAAAAAAAACCCAGCCCCCGAUCCAAGAGCCCCUCCCUCUGCACUCAUUGCGAUUUUCUCUUCCUUGUCAGUGCCGUCACUUGUUUCUGCCGCAGCAGCUGAGAAGGCUGCAGGCAGCUGCCUGCCAGCCACGACACUACCCGGGUGGGGAGCUGGGCCAGGCCCCAAGGCUCCCUCUCCACCCAGGAGUGCUGCCUUUGGCCACAUACCCAGACCAUGAGACCGCUCCCCGUCCCCUCCCAGAGCCUUUGGGCCUGGGGUCUACCUUGACCUUUCUCUCUGGUCCUCUCAACCCACAACCUGUGUGUACUCAGGGAUUCCUCCAGGUCUGCCGUGAGCAAGACCCUAGGCCUGAGGCCAGGGUGGGGCAGGAAUGAAACAGCUUCCCUCUUCCUUGUCAGUCCUGACCUGGGCAUUAGGUGGAGUGGCCGGCAACAGGGGGGCCUGGGGGAUGCUGAGAUCCAAGCAAUCGGGUCCAGGAGAGGCAUUGGACCUUCUGGUCACAGGGAACGGCCAGAGCCCUCCUCCUGGCUUCAGGGAUACUGGUGCCAGGGCGGCCCCGAGCACAGUGCCUGGGGCUGAGGCUGCACUGAUGGGCCCCCCACACAGCGCUGCUGGCAGCUCCCUGAGCCUCAGACCCAGGCAGCCAGACCCGCAGGCCUGCCCCUCACCUGCUUCGGGCAGUACUGUUAGAGCUGGGAAGAAACAGCUCCCUCUUUCACCGAAGAAGAAAUAGGCCCAGAGACGUUUGGAGAGUGGCUCGGAGCCCCACUGGGAACAGGAUACAGCCAAUUCCUUCCAGAAGGUCUUUGUCUCCAUCCCUUACUCCCCUCGCCUAGAGGCAGUUCUGCCUGAGAGGGCAAGGGCCUACCCAACACCCAAGCCACCCCACAGCUCUGAAGGGCAUUUCCUUCUGACCCCUGCACACCACCCAGACCCCGCUCCCCUCGCUCUGGCCCCACGCCAGCGCUGGAUGCACGUACGCCCGAGCACCGGUUGCCAUGGUGGGAGAUCUAGCUGCGUACCUAGGAGUUCAAGGAAAUGCAUUCUGUGCAGAACACAUUUCUUUGUACCAUCGGGUGAUCUUGUAUCGUCAGGCAUUGCCAGGUGACGUCGUUUUGUCGAAGCGGUAACCCACCCCUGAAAUAAGGGAGGAUGACGUCGCCCAGUGGAGCAAGGCCUGACUCACGGCGGGGGACGCACCCAGCCUCCCCUGCCCACCCGUCCCCGCUCCGGGCGCAGGCUCUUCAGGGGGCUGCGUUUCCUCUGGCUUUGGGUGUGGGUUUUAUAAGACUGUGUCUUUUAUGAUAUCACAGCCCAACCAUGUGAGCAGUGUUCGUGCUCCUCUCUCUCCACUAAUCGAGAAAAGGGAAAGGGAGAAUGGACCAGUUUUGCAAAGUGAAAGUGCAAAAGCAACGUUGUUGUCUGGGGAGAUGGUUCUGGCGGCACCCUCCGAACGGCACUCAGCCCCUCGGGCCCCGGCACGUGGGCUAUGCGGUAGCAGCAGGGACAGUCCUCGUUUUACAGGUGGUCAAACUGCAGCCCGGAGAAGCUGAGUCACUCGUCAUGUGGGUGGUUAGGUGGAGGGCUAGCUUCCAAAGUCAGGUAACGGGACCGACCACCUUCAUCGUCCGAACAUCAGCAGUGGGUGCCGAGCACGCCACGUGCUUACAUUUCCAUAGCAACAGAAGGUGUGCACUCCGAAUGUGUCCAUUUCACAGAUGAAGACACUGAGGUGGAGGGACUCACCCAAGUCCCUUCACAGAGCAGCUGAGUCUGCGGCAGAGUUGGCUUUCCAGGGCUGGUCGGCACCUUUUCUUUGCCGCCCGUGUGCCUCUGUAAUAGCAGCUCCAAAUGGCGGCCUUGGCUUUUAUUCAGCGUGGCCAGACCGCAAACUACAUCCACGUGUGACCCAGGAAAGAGGUUUGGGUCAGCUGGUAAACAGCCUCGAAUGCCAAGCCGAGGAGUAACUGCCUCCCAUCACAUUUGGAACAAAUUAACAGAAAAGCAAUCUCUGGGUCAAUUGCAUUUAUACCGAAGCCCCAAACUAACUGUUCAUUGUUAGGGAUCUUGUAAGCUGUCAUGUUUUUUGUUUCGUUUUGGCCACUGGGAAGCUCAAGGUCAAAUUUGAUAUUAUUUUGAACAAUUGUACUGAGUCUCCCACUGGACUCUGGCUUCAUUCUAGCCUCCUGCUUUUACCUUGACUCUAACCUCUUUGUUUUUAUUCUAUUGUAUCUGUUUGUGUAAGUUGCCACAAUAUCUUUUUUGCAACAAGGUGGCAUAUACCUAAAUAAAUACAUGAUCACAA